ACUUUACAAAACAAAUCGAACAAAACGUCAACAAACGCGAAAAGUUACUUUUCCAUUUACUGUUUGUAUUUUUGCAAUUCAUGUGAAAAUGACUGUGUUGUAGUGGAUAAAACAAUAGCGAAACCAUAUACUGACCCAACACCUUCUCCGCUACUGCAAGAGGAGAUAAUAUGUCGACCCCGCCGCCGCCGUCGACGCAGGCGCGCCGCUCCGCCGGUGAAGCUAAGAAGUCCACUCCACCUGCGUCCAACAUUGUCACCAGGAAUGGUGCGAGAAAGGCCAAGAUUCAGACACGGGCUAUGUCCGCUGGAGCGAAGCCUUCGGCAUCGGUGCUGGCUGCUAAGAAAAAGGCACAACUGAGAAAAAAACAAACUGUAGACACAGUUCUGAGGGACCACUACCAAGUUGCAAUGGAGUCCAAGUUGAAGGUGAAGGGCGCCACCGGGUUUGUGACAGAGCCACGCAUGGCUGAGCACCGCUGCCUGUGGGAUGACACCUACCCAGAGUGCCCCGAGAGACUCAUUGCAGUUGUUGACAGAUGUCGUGAACUGGACCUCAUCAGCCAGUGCAAGGAGUUCGCCCCGCGCGCCGCUUCCAAGGAGGAGCUACUGUCGCUGCACUCACCCUCAGUGUAUGAUCUACUAGAGACGACGCAUCAGAACAAUGACGAGAAGUUUCUGGAAGAAGUGUCCAGCAAGUUCGACGCCAUUUAUAUACAUCCGAGCACCCACGAGCUAGCCCUAAUCGCGGCCGGCAGCACCAUAGACAUGGUAGAGCGAAUAGUCAAAGGCGAGAUUCAAAAUGGCGUCGCUUUAGUUCGACCCCCUGGUCACCACGCCAUGCGCGCCGAGCCCUGUGGCUACUGCUUCUAUAAUAAUGUGGCGCUCGCGGCCAGACAUGCCAUCGACAAGCUGGGGGUCCAAAGGAUACUAAUAGUAGACUGGGAUGUGCAUCAUGGGCAAGCAACACAACAGAUGUUCUAUGAUGACCCGAGGGUAGUAUACUUCUCAAUCCACCGCUACGAGCACGGUUCCUUCUGGCCGAACCUGCGGCAGUCCAACUUCAACUACGUCGGUAGUGGAAGAGGGAAAGGGUUCAACUUCAACGUGCCGCUCAACAAGACCGGCAUGACUGAUGGGGACUAUGUGGCUAUAUGGCAUCAGCUGCUGUUGCCUAUGGCUUUUGAGUACCAACCGGAAGUGAUCAUCGUUUCCGCCGGAUACGACGCGGCGGUCGGAUGUCCGGAGGGCGAGAUGCAAAUCACGCCGGCCUGCUACGCACACCUAACUCACAUGUUGCUGGCCGUGUCGCCGUCAGUCUGCGUCGUGCUGGAGGGCGGCUACUGCCCCGCGUCGCUGGCCGAGGGCGCCGCCCUGACGUUGAGAAGUUUACUUGCGCACGCGCCGCCUACAGGGGAAUAUGAGGAGCCUUGUAAUGAAAUCCGAGAAUCAAUCCUCAACUGCAUCUACACACACAAACCCUACUGGCGUUGCUUCAACUACCAAGACACCUACAGCACAGACUCAAUACCCAACGUAUGCGACGGAGCGAAACAGAAACAUACAGUGACAGUGAGGUGGGAGGGAGACGAGACGAGGCCAGACAAGUUUGAUACGAGAGACUGCUAUCCCGUGCAAGAUAAUAAGACGAAGGAGGAUAUUGCGAAGAGGUUGAAUCACUUGAGGAUGGUGACCGAUCUAACGAUACCGCAACAUGCCGUGUGCUACGUGUACGACCAGGCUAUGCUGAAGCACAGGAAUAUAUGUGAACCUGACCACGUGGAGUGCCCAGAGCGCAUCCAGCGCAUCCACGAGCGUCAUCGAGACUUCGGUCUACUCUCGCGAGUGUUGGAGCUGACGGCAAGAAGAGCUACUGAUGAAGAGAUAUUAGCUGUGCACACAGAGAAGCAUUUGAAGAGACUAAAAGAGCUGUCCACUACAAAGCUGCGCGACCUCAACAGUCAGAAGGAAGCUUUUGACUCGGUGUACUUCCACCCCGACACGCUGGAAAGUGCGGCCAUCGCAGCCGGCUCCGUGCUACAGGCAGUAGACGCAGUGCUCAACGGGACCGCCGGCAGCGGGGUCUGCGUAGUCAGGCCACCAGGCCACCACGCUGACGAGGAGACACCUUCAGGAUUCUGUCAGCUGAACAACGCGGCCAUCGCGGCUAACUACGCCAUCAAGAGCCACGGGGUUAAAAGAGUAGCGGUGUUAGAUUGGGACGUGCAUCACGGGAAUGGCACGCAAGCGCUCACUUAUGGUAGAGAUGAUAUCCUGUAUAUAUCGCUACACCGGUACGACAACGGCUCGUUCUUCCCGCACUCCACCGACGCCAACUACACCAUGGCGGGCGAGGGCCGCGGCCUGGGUUAUAAUGUUAAUAUACCUUGGAACAAGCGUGGCAUGGGCGACUCGGAGUACCUGGCGGCGUUCACACAGGUGGUGCUGCCGGUGCUGCGGGAGUACAACCCGGGGCUGCUGCUCGUGUCCGCCGGGUUCGACGCCGCCGCCGGGGACCCGCUCGGAGGUUGCAACGUAACCCCAGAAUGCUACGGUCGCAUGACGCAUCUUCUCCGCGGCGUGGCGGGCGGCCGCGUCAUACUGUGUCUAGAAGGAGGCUACAACGUCACCUCCAUCUCAUACGCCAUGACCAUGUGCACCAAGGCGCUGCUAGGCGACCCCAUUCUACACUACUACAACCCCAAAACGACCUACCACUGGUCAGCUGUCGAGAGCAUAAACAACGUUAUAAGAACGCACAAGAAAUACUGGAAAAGUCUCAAGUUCCAACUUGCGCUGCCAAUAGAGAAUGUGUUAGGGGAGCCGCUCCCAAGCCGCGGAUUGGUUGUCACUGAAGAUCAGAAUUCUACUUGUGAGAUAGAGAGACUGUCGGAAAUAUCCUCGUCAAGCUUAGACGAUUCUAAAUCGACGAGCUUAACGAAAAGCGACAGCUUGCUAGAUGGCUCCAUAGAACAAGCUUUGUCUGGCCUCGCAAUAGAGAAGCCAAAGUGCAGUGACGGCAUACACUGCGGGACGGACGAUGAGGCUGAAGACAUAUCUGAAACUGGCCAAAGCAGCAAAUCCCCCGAUGCCGGUUCCUCAAAAGAAGGACAACCGCAAGCGAGCGCGAGCAAGGAGGCCGAACCACAGAGUAACCCGUUACAGGACUUAUUAGAUGAAGACAGGGGCGAUCGCUUAGAAAACGGAAUGUUUGCGAUAGUGCCGAUGGCGUGGUGUCCGCACAUGGAGAGCCUGUUCGCGAUACCCCCUGAAGUGAAGUUCGAACAAACACUCAAGUGUAUCAAUUGCGAGAAUGUGGGCGAGAAUUGGAUCUGCUUGCACUGUUAUGUGACGGCGUGCGCGCGUUUUGUCAACGGCCACAUGCAAGACCACUUCCGGGCGACGUCACACCCGCUUUGCAUCUCUCUACUAGACCUGUCCGUCUGGUGUAACGAGUGCGAGUUCUAUGUAGACAACGCUCUACUCUACGACGCUAAGAAUAACGCUCAUAAUUGCAAGUUCGGCGAAGACAUGCCGUGGCCGUAUAGUUGUGAGAACGUGGAGAUGGGUGGAGGGUCCGAUGAUGAGGGCAGGGACUUGUAAGGGUGUGUUUGUAAACAGGGCAUAGAAUAUCGAUAUCAGAUAAACAUAAUGUGUCAGACUCUGUACAGUUUACAGGUUCAUAAGUAGCUACUUAUACGCUUUUGUACCUUGUCAAUUUCAUUAAUCGUCUUUUCAAACUUGUAUUGUUUGUAACUUUGACUAUGUACAAAAGUGUGUGUACCAACUAUUACUAUUCAAGUUAGUUCUAUUUAUAGUGCUAACUCUUAGAGAAAAUUUUGCUUUAGCAUUUCAUACUGACACCGAUUUGCCAGCUAUGGUCACUAUUAAACCGAAACUAGCCAAUCAGGCUACAGGAUACAAAUAUGCUCAAUGCUCCUCUGUCACAACCAUCACUAUAUUUUUGGAUUGUAACAUUACGAUAGGUGUAGGUAAACUGUUCUACAUAGUUAUACUCUAUUAUUACGGUGUCUAUUUUUGUACAAUAACAGUCACUUUCACAAAAUAAUAAUAUGUACAAAUGCAUGCCAUUUAAUUCCCACUGAUUAAAUUAAUGUUUAGGCAAAAUAACUUUUUGAAACUUGCAUUUUGUAACAGUAAUAACAACGAGU